UCAAUCGUUCUUGUUCAGACCUUUUUUAAUCACGUGAUCAGAUGGACCUCUGAAGCCGCAUGCAAGACAUAUGCAGGACAAUCACUCUCCAUCACACGUCCACUCAGCUUAUCGAUCUCCCAAGAUACUAGUUGUAGCCCAUAUUUCGGGAUGUAAAAUCCAAAACACCGCCAACUAUUACCAAGCUGAUAGUCGUACAUGUCCCAGAAAACUCCAAUCCAUCAGAUUCAUACCCAUUUCCUCCACCUCGACUUCUGGUCACGUGCCGCUUUUUCUUUUUCCAAAAAAUUUGUGCUUAACUGAAAAGUUCUCUAUUCAGCUUACCACAACUCCCACCUCUUCCCACAUUCCACCAUGUUUAGAGCCGCUUGUAAGGUUCCCAGAGCCCGGCUAGCCAACCCCGGUUUGGCAAACAAGUGUUUGUUUGCAAGCGUCCAGCACUACACCAUGAGUGCCAUGGAAUCAACCACUACCGGCGGCGAUUCCCCUGCCGGAAGUGCCACCAAAAACGCCACUUCAGGCAGCUCUGUCUACCAAUCCCUCAUGCACAACCUCAAAACCAGACAGUAUGACCAGAGCCAAGGCGACCAGAUCGCAAAUCCGUUUGCACGCGCAUCGCUCGCAGGCCACGGCAAAGAGGUUGUCCACCUCACGUCACUCCUCGAAACGUGCAUCGCGGUGGGCAAGUUUGAGCGAGCAGAGAACAUUCUCAACGCAUUGUACCCGCUCUGUCAGUCCGGAGUGCAUGACCACACGUUCAUCACCAACGUGAACGGUUAUCUCGCUGCAUGGGCUGCGCGUGACGGGGUCGCACUCGCGGACGUACGCGCGUGGAUCAGCGCAAUACCCGCACGUUUCGCGGGCGCGCUCCCGAACGACCGUACAGUCGCAAUCCUUGUCACAAAGGCGAUGGAUGAGGGUGUGGAUGCGGUGGAGUGCCUUUCCGAGUGGUGUCAAAAGUUAAUCAUCACGUCGCGCGCGGUGCUCAGACACGUGGACGUGAUCGGGCUCGCGCAUAUGAAGACGCUCGCGGCGCACCCCGCAAUGCGUGCAGACGAGAUUCCGCGCGAGUACCAACAUCUCAUGGACGCCGAUGCGCGCACAGAGCCCGCAGAGCUUGCCACACCGUUCGACCCGGAGCACAAAGGCGCCUCCGUAGAAAAGGACACGGCCGAGCUCCGUGCGGUCUCCUCGUUUGGUCUCAAGGUUGUCAGGCACGCAUUACUCGGGAUUGAGCAGAACAAAGAGCACCAUGAGACGUUCUUUAAAAACCUCGAAGAGACUUUUGGAGUGGUUCUUCCAGCCACCAGAAGCGAAAUUGACUUUCACGCAAUCUACCGGUCGCUUCCUGUGGACCAGAAACCACUCUUUGACACAAUGCUUGAAGAGUUCAACCACGAGAGACAGCGCAACCUCGAGAACCGCGCGCACGAGAGUGCGGUGGAGAAGUGGCGCAACACGUACACGACCGCGGAACGCAGCGGGACGCUUGUCGCGAACCGCGAUCUCAACGUGCAUCUCUGGAACUGGUACCGCGCGCUCCUUCCGUUGCUCGAGCAGGAGAUUGCGCGGUGCAAAGUCAUCUUUGAGGACACCGAGAAGCGGAAGAUGGUGAAGGGCGACGGGGAUAGAAAGGCGUACGCACCGUAUUUGCUUGUGAUUGACCUGAAAAAGAUGGCGGUCACGGCGAUUCUCGAGCUCUUGAAGUUGAACUCAACGGGGGGCGUACACGACGGAAUGCGCACGGCGCGCGCGGUGAUCGCGUGCGGCAAGGCGAUCGAGAUGGAGUACCGCGCGGAGAAGGUGCUCCGGCUGGAAAACAGUUUUUUCCGCGACUAUAAAAAGCAGCCCAAGUCGCCGGAGUUCCGCAAGUUGCUCAACUCGACUAAGGCCGUGUUUCGGAACGAGACGUUGGAGCAGGAGAUGGGCGAGUGGCCCAGUGACAUCAAGGCAAAGGUGGGGUCAGUAUUGGUUUCGCUCAUCAUGCAUGUCGCGCGCAUCCCGGUCGAGGGGCGCGACCCGGUUUCGGGCGAUAUUGUGCGCGGCGACGCGCCCGCGUUCUACCACACGUACCAGUAUCAGCAGGGCACCAAGAUCGGGGUGUUGAAGGUUCACAAGUCGCUUAUUAAGCUAUUAUCCAAGGACUCGAAGCAAGUCGAGACGGUGGCGCCGCAGACGUUGCCGAUGUUGACCAAACCAAGACCGUGGACCGGGUUCAAAAGCGGUGGGUUCCACUACUCCAACUCGCUCGUGCUCAGAACGCGCGACUCACCCGAGACGCUCGCGUAUCUCGAAGCCGCGUCGGAAAAUGGGUCCCUCGCGUCGGUCUACAAGGGCUUGACCGUUUUGGGAGACACUCCCUGGACGGUCAACAGAAAGAUCUACGAUAUUGUGUCGCAGGUCUGGAACACGGGCGAGUCUUUUCUUGAUAUUGCGGGUGUGCAGGACGAACUCGAGCUCCCGCCGCCACCGCCGCGCGACGCGGAUCCCGUGGUGCGUCGCGAUUGGAGCCGCCGCGUGAAGGCGCUCGCGGAUGAGUUCUCCACGCGUCGUUCGGAGCGCUGCGAUUCCAACUACAAGCUUGAGAUUGCUCGCGGGUUGCUCGGCGAGAAGAUCUACUUUCCCCACAAUAUCGACUUUAGGGGAAGGGCAUACCCCCUUUCAGCCCACUUCAACCACUUGGGGAACGACAUGACCAGAAGUUUACUCGUAUUCUGGGAGGGCAAGCCGCUCGGUGCACAGGGCCUCCGCUGGUUGAAGAUCCACCUCGCCAACACGUUCGGGCACGACAAGAUCCCGUUCGACGCGCGCGUGGCGUUUGCGGACGCGCACGUCGCGGAAAUUAUGGAGUCCGCGCGCGACCCUUUACACGGCGCGGGCUGGUGGAAGAGCGCUGAUAAGCCAUGGCAGGCGCUUUCCACCAUCUUUGAGCUCUCCGAGGCUUUGCAGAUGGCCGACCCGACGCAGUAUGUGUCGCACCAGCCGGUCCACCAGGACGGGACGUGCAACGGGUUGCAGCACUACGCAGCUUUGGGCGGUGAUCCUGAGGGUGCCAAGCAGGUGAAUCUCUCGCCGCUGGAGAAGCCACAGGACGUGUACGCAUUUGUCGCGGAGUUGGUGAAGAAACGACUCGCGGCGUCGGACGACCCCAUGGCCGCGAAAAUCAUUCCUAUCCUCAAACGAAAGAUUGUGAAGCAGACAGUGAUGACGAACGUGUAUGGUGUGACUUACAUCGGGGGCGCGGAGCAGAUAAAGAAGCAGUUGGACGCGCACUUCGACGACAAAGAGGCGUACGCGUUGUCGCGUUUCCUCGCGACGCAUACGUUUGCGGCGAUCCGCGAGUUGUUCAAUGGCGCACACUUGAUCCAAGAUUGGCUUGGCGAGUGCGCGCGCGCGAUCUGCAAGGCGAUCAAGUUGGACCACGCGCAAAAGCCCGACCACAUGUCGGCGGUCAUCUGGACGUCGCCGCUCGGGCUUCCGUGCGUGCAGCCGUACCGUAACGACAAAAAGUCGCAGAUCUCGACCAACCUCCAGACGGUGUUCAUCUCGGACCCCUACGUCGCGCGUCCCGUCGACCCGCGCCGCCAGCAGGCGGGGUUCCCGCCAAACUUUAUCCACUCGAUUGACGCGUCGCACAUGCUUAUGUCUGCGAUCCGCUGCCGCGCGGACAACCUCGCGUUUGCAUCGGUCCACGACUCUUUCUGGACGCAUGCCGCGGAUGUCGACAUCAUGAACGAGCACAUCCGGUCGGGCUUUGUGAGCCUCCACGGGACCAAUUUGGUUGCGCGGUUGAAGAGAGAGUUCGAUACGCGGUAUAAGGGUUUUGUGCAGAUGGAGAAGGUUCUGCGCAACCAUCCGAUUGUGAAGCAGAUCACGGACUUGCGGAAGACUACUGCCAAACAGUUGGGCAGACCGAUGACCACGCUCGAUGAGAUCUACUUGGAGCAGAAGCGCCGUCAGUUGUUGGCCAGUCUGGAUCCACAGGAGGUGCAGGCGGGACGCGAGAUGGUGACUACGGUGAGUUUGGCGGAGCUGAUUGAGGAUAUUCCACAAUUUUUGAAGGAGAUGAAGGAUGGCAGUGGAGUGAAUGUUUUGCUUCCAUUUGCGCUUCCGGAGGUUCCAGAGAAGGGGGAGUUUGAUGUGAAUGUGGUGAAAGAGAGUCCGUAUUUUUUUUCUUAAACUGACAUCCUAAAAUUGUCAAAGAGGUUCCCUCAUCUCUCACCAUUUUUUUUUUCCACUUUAUGAUACAAUUUCUUUUUUGUUUUCGUUUGGCUUGUUUUAUUGUUGUUGUUGUUUUUUGCCCUCUCGGUGCAUCCCUUUUACGAUUCCCUUGUACAUAUCAAAAAGGGCGGGUGUUCGUUUGUAUAUAGAUCUGAAUAUCAUCCAGGA